AUGGCCACACUGUCGCCCUCUUACACCAAAGUCACUCACUCGGCCACAUAUGCUGCCAUCAAUCCAACCCAGCCCGACAUCUCCACUGCGGACAAGGUUGUACUGAUCACUGGCGCAUCUGGAGGCAUUGGCCGGGCUACAGCCUCAUCAUUUGCUGCAUCAGGUCCCCGAGCCCUCAUCCUCCUCGGCCGACGCACCGACGCUUUAGCGGAAACCGCCAAUAUUGUCCGCGCCACCCAAGCAAAGGUGACGAUUCAAACUCACGAGGCCGAUAUAUGUGAUACUUCCCGGGUACGCAAUGUCAUGAACAAGGUGGCCGCCGAAUUUAGCGGCAUCGACAUCAUCAUCCACUGUGCUGGCGUCUUGGCUCCAGUUGUCCCCCUUCUGGAAGUCGAUCCGGCGACUUUUCUGGACGGCUACAAGACUACCGUUGUCGGUACGUUGGUGACGGCACAAGCGGUCAUCCUGGCAAAUAAGUCUAUGCCCGCCGCCGAGGACAAGCCCGUCACCUUUGUCAAUUUGACCACGGCUGGCAUCCUGUUUCCUCCGUUCGCUGGCAUGGGCGCCUAUGUGAGCAGCAAGAUGGCCGCUAUCAAAGUCUUGCAGGCCUUUGCCGCCGAGAAUCCACAAAUGCGUCUCCAUAAUAUGCAUCCCGGAUUCCUACAGACGGCCAUGUCUGCCAAGCUGUCAGAGUCGAUAAAACUGCCAUUUGCCUAUGAUGAUAUCUCUCUUCCCGCUGAUUUCCUUGUCUGGAUUGUCUCCCCUGAAGCAGAGUUUCUCCAAAACAAGAUCGUCUUUGCUACUUGGGACGUUGAUGAGCUCAAGAAUCGUAAGAAGGAGAUUGUUGGUGGCCCAGGACCUGGUGAGCUUUGGAUCGGUUUUCAAGGAUUUCCACGAUUUAUGGGUGAUCAAUCUUUGCCCAGUACGUGA